UUCUUGAACUCCGUGCGGACGUAGCUUCGAUUCUAAUACCGAUCUGGUCUGUAUCCAGCAUGCUUAUAGUUCCAAUUCCAAAUAGUGAGCAUUGGGAUCGCUGUCUUCCUGGGCGCAAUAGUUGUCAAUAGAAAUGGCUCAAAAACAUCAGGCGCGGUCGUCGGGCAAGCCGCAGGACUCUGGCUCCCUGGCACGUGAAGACUUUGAUGGUGGGCCUGUCAGCAUUGAUGAAAUCGAGACGGGCUUGUUUCUGGGCAACUUGACGGCUGCAACGCAUAUGGAAACACUGAAGUCGUUUAAAAUUACCCAUAUCCUCACGCUGGAUUCGGUACCACUGCCGCAGCACAUUUUAGAGGCUAGCUUCCUUACAACAAAAUACAUUCAAAUUGCUGACAUGCCGCGCGAAGACAUAUUGCAGCAUCUAGAAGGCUGCGUGAACUUUAUUAGUUCAGCGCUGGAUCAGCAGGGCAUUGUGCUGGUGCAUUGCUAUUUUGGAGUAAGUCGUAGCUCCUCGACGGUAAUUGCCUAUAUGAUGAAACGACACAAUCUGAACUUCCAACCCGCCUUCGAGCUGGUCAAGGCCAAGCGACGCUUUGUGCAACCGAAUUCAGGCUUUAUUAAUCAACUGAAGCUGUUUCGGCGCAUGGGAUGCAAAAUCGACCCCAACUACCAGCGCUACAAAAUGCAUCGCCUGCGCCUUGCUGGGGAGCAAAUGCGGAAGGCAAAAAUUUUACCGCAGAGUUUCCACAGCGUUGUGCGACCAGAUCCAGACAUAACGCGCGAAAAUCCAGAGCCAAUUGUUUUUCGUUGUCGUCGUUGCCGUCGCGUUCUGGCUUCCAAGUCGCAUGUCCUCGAGCACAAACCGCGGGACAGGCCCCCUCUGGAGGGAGCACCGUCGGCUGUCCGCAAUGAAGAUUCCAGCCGACAGACGCCAGCGCCAGCCCAGACCCAAUCGGAAAAAAUAAGCGCACCCCGCAUGCUAGAACAGGUUGAUGAGCGAAUACGCCAAUCCUCACUGACCUCGCCAGGUCACGAGAGCAAUCAUUGCCGCAGCAUUUUGUUUGUAGAGCCCAUUGCCUGGAUGCACCGCGUUAUGCUCAACACCCAAGGACGUCUGUACUGCCCCAAGUGUGAGCAAAAGUUGGGCAACUUUAGCUGGAUCAAUGCCUGCCAGUGUCCUUGCGGCGAGACAUUGUCGCCUGCAUUUUAUUUGAUUCCCUCCAAGGUGGAACUCUCCAAAGCCGUUCAGAACGUUCAGACGACAGUUUAAAUGGACUUUGCCCAUGAAAUAGAAUGAAAUGGCGAACCCAGAGAAAAUGUAGAAACAUUUCGUAUUGCCUUCCACCUGGACAACAUUUUUGGAACAGUUCGCUUGAUGCACUGAAACCAAACUCCAUUUUUAUAACCAGUACUCGAAGAUUAAACAGGGUAUAUUGUAUUUGUGCUCGAAAAAGGGGGGGUAUGUAACGCUCAAAUUAUAUAUAUUCUCUAUCAGCAGCAAUAGCCUAUAUCUGUUCGUCUGUUCCUCUUGUUUAACGGCUAGUUCUCAAGACUAUCAGAGCUAGAGUCAUAAGAUUUUGGUUAAAGAUUAUGAGAUAUCACACUGAGUCAAGUUUGUUUCGAAAUUUCGCCCAGCCCUUUUACGCCACACAAAGAGCGAAAAUUUUGCUGUAUCCACAAUUUUAAAGAUAAGAGACAACUAAAAAUGCAAUUCCGUAGGAAAUGUCCGAAAAUCCAUCAGAUCACCGAAUUUUGAUAAGAUUGGAUCAUUAUUACAGCCAGUAUGAAGAAAUUAAUUUUCAGUGGCUACCCCCACCCCGUCCAGCAUCUUUUCUUAUGCUUGCUUGUUGCUUGUUGCUCAUUCUCUCUAGCUCGCACACUCUGCCUCAUGAAAUGUGCGUCACUGGGGGAGGGUGGCAAGUUAAAAGCGCGUGUGGGUGGGAGAAGUGUUGAAGAUAUAGA